AUGGACAAGUACGAGAAGGGUGUUGUGCUGGGCCACGGCACGUUCGGCAGCGUCUACAAGGCCGUGCAUAAAGAGACGGGUCAAGUUGUCGCAAUCAAGAAGAUCAACGUUGGCGCCAGCAACAUGGGUGUGGACGUGACGUCACUGCGUGAGAUCAAGCUGCUGAAGGAGCUCAGAUCACCCUACAUCGUGCGGCUGCUGGAUGUCUUCCCACACAAGCGGAAGCUGACCAUGGUUUUUGAGUUCAUGGACUCUGACCUGGAGGCCCUAAUCAAAGCCAAGGGCGUGGUGCUGUCCCCAGCUAACAUCAAAGCCUACCUGCAGCUGCUGCUGCGCGCGCUGGACCACUGCCACUCCCACUGGGUGCUGCACCGCGACAUCAAGCCCAACAACAUGCUGGUGGACGGCAACGCACCCUGCCGCGGGGCGCUCGCUGCCCACCCCUAA